AUGCUGAGAACGGCCACCUUUGCGAAAGAAAAAAUUCUCAGCUUCACUCAACGGUUCAUGUUGUUCGAUUCAAUAUUCCGCAUGUUGGUGUACACCGGAAAGGUUACGGAAAAACGGUUGAAUGAGUGGGGCGAGGAUAAGACGCAUGACGUGAAACAACUGAAAGCUAAGGUGGAGUACCAGCUGAGAAUGCUUGAUCGACAUAUAUCCGAUAUUGAAGAGGAGUUCACUCGAGCAGAAAAAAGGAUACUCAAUGAGAAGGUGGAAAAUACAAGCAGUUUUGUCGACGCGUUCAAUAGAGCCGUCGAGAAGAUGGAGAAAACCCUCCUCGAUGCAAUAAGUCAGAUAACCAAUCGAGACACAGUUGCAAAGCGGCAAAGCGAGUGCGGAAAAGAGGCGGUGCAGCAGCGAGGAUGGGCCAGAACCGAGUUAUUGCAAAAUCCAGGUACUCUCGGACGAAGAAUACAUGCAAAGAUUAAUCGAAGAAAAGAGGACCAAGAAAAGGGCGUCGAAACCAAGAAAGAACAGCAAGGUGAACGACAAAAGGAACAAGAGGAGCAACUUGAACAAGAAAGAGAAAAUAAUCGACGCAAACAAGAAGAAGAAGAACGACAGAUGGAAAUCGAACUGGAGGAGCUGUAUAGCGGACGUUAUCUGCUCUCACAAAGGAAAAUUGGUGAUGGCGAAGGGAAGGAUGUCACAUGCUCCUUUUGCGGACGCUUUGGUAGACACUAUUCGGACUCAUGUGCGGACAUUGUUAGAGGUGACGAACGACGCAACUUCAUCCUGGGAAGAAACAUGUGCAGACACUGUCUGGGUCCUCACGAGUCCGAGCAUUGCAGAGCAACGCAGAAAAGCUGCUGGUACUGUGAUAUCGUGAGGAACACGGCUCUCAGAUUCUUCGUCGAGCACGACGGACAUCACAGGGCGCUACGCAAAAUUCCCACUCAAAAGAUCGAAUCUCAGCAAGAAUCAGGACCGUAA